AGGGAAGGUGAGAGAGCCACUCUUAUCAGCAGCGGCAUCGACAAAUCGAAGACAAAACAAAACCCGUCAUUAAUCCCGCAGAGAAAGUCGAGCGAAUCGCUCAUCGCACGGAAUGCUGUCGCUACUCCUGGUUCUGACGACGCUUGCCAGGAUCCACGCCCACUACACGAGCGGAGAUGUGGUCUAUCACACAAUGCCGCACUUUUGGACGGGCGUGGGCUUCUGUCCCGCCGGACGCAUUGAUCACGAGGGGAUUAGCGCCGCCCUGGGCGAUCCAGCCCUUCGACUUAAUCUUCGCCUGAUUGCAGCAUUGCCCGUGGGCGCGGUGACCCACAUUCGCAUCCACUGGCUGCUGGAGCUGAUACAAUUCUGGCAGUACGACCCCAGCGGAAUACCGAUUUAUGAUUUUUCCAAGUUCGAUGACUUCAUUGAUUUCCUACACGAGGAACUGCGCUUGUCCCCCGUUCUGGAGUGGAUGGGCAAUCUGGGUGGGGUUUUUUCGGAAAACCCCAUGCAGCAAUCCUUCUACUGGGAGCACUUGGUUAAGACCACGAUUAACCACCAGAUAGCACGACACGGUUCCUCCAGAUUGGUCAACUGGCGCUAUGAGACAUGGAAUGAACCGGACCUUCGUGGGUAUAACAAGCAAAACUUUACGGCACACACCUUUCUGGAUUACGUUCAAGCUGUGCGGCGGGGUUUGAGUAAAGCUGGAAACCUGGACAACCAGGACGGAAAGGUUCCACUGCCCAUGUAUCGCUCCCUGCGCGGCCCUGCAGGACUCUUUAAGGACUCGAAUCAUCCGCUCUGCUGGAAUCUAUUGGAGCUAUGCAGUCAAAGAGUGGUUUACUGUCCCAUCGACAUACUGACUUUCCACCGAAAGGGAAUCGAAGGCACUGCCACGGAAAUCGUAAAUGGUUCGCUUUCCUUGAUGGCCAAAAUCUAUGAGGAGUAUCCCAAUCUCAAGCAGCUGCCGGUGGCCAAUGAUGAAGCCGAUCCUGUGGCCGGUUGGAGCACCUCCCGGGAUUUUCAGGCGGAUGUGCGGUAUGGAAUCACACUGAUAUCUACGGUAAUGCAGUUCUGGCAUGCCAAGCUGGCCGGUGGUCCACUGAGUCGCUUGGAGUCGAUUAGUCAUGACAACGCCUUCCUGAGCUACCAUCCCCACGAGUUCACACAGCGCACCCUUCUAGCCCACUUCAGGAUGAACGAAACCAAACCACCGCACUCGCAGCUCGUUCAGAAACCCGUAUACGCUGCUCUGGGAAUGCUGGCGAAGCUGGGCACCCGGGCUGCGGACGUGGAAAUGGUUAAUAUGGAUACUAAACAUAGCGUCCAGGUCCUGCGUACAGUAUCCGGUGGAUUAGGCGGUCCUGGUCAGUAUAUGGCCACAAUAUUUCUGAGUCCCGAGGAGGCGGGUCCAAAGAUGACAGCCUUUCAUCACAAGUACACGCUAAACAUGUCGAUAGCGAAUGAGUCGGCCUUCGUCACCGAGCUCCUGGUGCCAAAGGAAACGGAUCCGUACUACAUAUGGCAGCAAGCUGGAAGUCCGGCUUAUCCCAACGCCACUCUAAGGGAAGCGAUGCGAAGAGCCCAAGCACCUAGACUCUACAAGACGGGACCCAUCUGGCAGUACAACAGCGAGCUAGUUAUCAACUCCGCCAGCAUCCCACUGCCCUGGGCGAUGCUGCUCCGGGUGUGUUCCGCAUCUUGGCCCAAACUGCGACGACCGCAGCAACUUUCCAUCGCAGAGGUGACUCAGCGUGAGGUGUUCAUUAGCUGGAUGGAACACCCCAAAUCCACGCAGUGCCUUCUCAGCUACGAGGUGUGGUUUAAGGAACGCGAUAAUCUGGGUCGCUCCGCCGACUGGAUGCUCAUCUCACAGGGCUGGCAUCUGCCAUAUCCGUCGUUUCAGUAUGCGCCCGGCGAUAAGGGAUCCGUCAAUGGUUUCUAUAAAGUUCGCGGUGUGGAUGUGUUUAAUGAAACCAGUCCCUACUCACAAAUAGUCGAAUAUCUGGAGUUGUAGUUCAACAAACAGUUUAUAAAUCAAAAGAAAAUAUUUAUGCAAUGUGAAAGCUAACAUAAUCAGGUUUCGGCUAGGCGCUAGUGGACCGAUCCUACUCUCAAUCUGUCUCUCUUGGAAUGGACUGACUUCACCGGCACAAUCUUCUGGACUUGCGCCUUCGCCUUAACGCCGGCAAUAUCAUAUAUACAUAUAUUAUUUAUAUAUAAAGAUAUUUAUAGUACAUUAUAUGUGUUGUGUUCGUAAUAUAUAAAUGCCUUCUUCCUGCGAAGGAAUCGGCAAAAGCGU